AUGAAACUUUUUCUGACAACACUGACAGUUGGCGUAUGGACCAGUCGUGGACCGCAAGUUAAGGAAAUGUGCGUCAAUGGCAGCAGCAGCAACAGCAGCGGUAGGAAGAAGGCAAGAUUUCCAGCGAAUUCUCCAGUCAAGAACUAUUUUUCGCCUGUGGUGGUGGUGGUGGUUCUGUUGGUGUUAACGUUCUUGUUGCCGCCAAGCUUCAGUUAUGGCAAUGAUUUCAAAGCGGGCCUAGAGCUGCCUCAAGUCGAGCAGCCAUCAUCUGCAUUCCCCUCAUCAACAUCAUUAUUGCCCCUCGACCAACUCAUCGAAGCAAAGCUGAAUGAGUCGAAGUCGUUGUCAACCGGCAGUCAAGCGAAAGAGCUGUUGUCGAGGAAACGACGUUAUUUGGUAUUUCCGGAGGGCAGUUCCUUUCAGAUGGUUUACGAUGAAAUCGUUGGAGUUGUUGACCACACAAACUAUUUGAUUUUGGGAAUCACAGUGGCUUUGGCUUGGGAGUUGCCCAGCAAGCCACCUAGUGAAGAGCUAGAUGAUCUCUUGACCAAGCUGGAAGAUGGCACCAUCGAUAUUAGUCGUAAUGAUACAAUUUCAAACAUAACCUAUGUGGAUGAGACGACUUCAGUGAGAGCAACGACACCCAACUAUAUCAAUUUAAAUAGCAAGAAACCGAUUAGAAAUUCCUACUACAGCUCUUCGCCCAUUCUCUUCCGUACACCGAUGCAUCCAGCAUAUUCAUAUAAAGAUAGCUAUUACAGUCGCCCUAUAGGUGGCAGACGUAAGGAUAAUCACUUCUACUACCACAACAGCCCGUUCUAUAGUCCUAGAAAUCCAUUCAUCAAAUGGUCAAAACCGCAAUCAUUUAAUCAAAAUGCAGGCUCUCGCUAUCCUUACUGGGCCCUGCCAUCUAAAUGGAAUCCAUAUCAACGUCUAAGCCAAAGACGUCAAGACUCAGGACUAACAAGCAGACCAACAACUAGUAAACCCAAACGUGUACCACCUCAGGCAGCUCGUCAUCAUCGUAUAUAUCCGGUGUUUGGCAAGCGUAGCAUUCCGGAUAAUCCACAUCAACGUCAUCGCCGAAGUGGUGUCACCAUGUCCAAGCCUGACCAUAGGGAUGAUGAUAUUAACAAGUUGGAACGUUUGCAAAUCAAACACCAUCGCAGUACUCGUCAAGCAUUAUAUGAACGCAUUAAAAAAUAUUUGGACAAGCGUGGCAGCCAUGGCCAACAUUGUGUUCUGCGGGCUCUCUGUGAGACAGGUCAAAAAUCCCAUGAACAAGAGCCUGGUUCUUUUGCUGGAGAACUAAUGCGUGCCAUCUUUACCUUGCCAGAAGCUCUGGAGAAUGAGCCCGUAGCCUAUCAAGAUACACACUAUGAUAAAGCCCAUGCCCAUACAGGUGAUUGUGCGAAACUCUAUCCAGAGUGCAAACAAUCCAUGUGGGAAGCCCAAUUCAUACAAUAA